ACUCGUCGAUCGUAAGGCUAGCACUGAAUUGACAUUGUUUAUGUUCAAAACAUUGACACUUCAUCCAGUUGUAAACGAAGACGCAAACAAAUCAGAGGAAUUCAAUUUGCUGGAUAAACAGAAAGAGAGUCAACGUGCGGAGUGAAAAUGGAGGUCGUUAACCCAUGCUAUGCGAUAUUGAGCAAUUUUGAGGUUAUGGAAGCACUGAAAGAUAUCAAAGACCAACGAAGCAAAUUUGGAUUGAGAAAUCUGGCCACAAUUACAUACGAGACAAUUCGCUACUUGGAAGAAUCGCCGUGUAAAACACACACCAAGGAGAAAAUAAUGGGAUUUUUGAAUGCCGUAAAACCGUUCAAGCUCACCAAAGCCGAAUGCAUGAAUUUAAUCAAUGAUCCGCCAUCAACACCGUUACACAUUCAACUCCAAAUCGAAGACAGUGAAGAACGACUCACCGAAGAAGCUGUCAAUGAAAUUAUCAAUCUUUCCAGAGAAUGGCUCAUCCCACCACCGAUUGAAACUGUUUGAAUCAAAUAAUCAUAUUUAAACGACAAUUUUUUUUUUUGUAUUUCCUUAAGAAAAUUAUUAUUUAAAAACGGUUAGAUGUAAGAAAUGACACGAAUAAAAGUGUAAUUCGAUAAAGAA